CAUUCCUACUUCGUCACUCUGGACAAACGAUACCGUUUCCAAAUUUAUAAAUUUCCUAAAAGAAAAAUCAAACCCAUACAUUUCUACCGACACAAGUUACAAACUUCCCCAAUUUCCUUUGUAAUUUGCAAAGUCCUGAAAUUUUCUUAAAAAAUCGAAACAUGCCGACACCACAUUCCCACUUCCGGUUAACCCCCCUUCUCGUGACCUUUAUCCCUCUUAUCAACCUCAUAAAUGGACAAGGUAACAUGUGUGGAGUAGCGGCUCCGGAUCCAAUGAAAACUUGCAUCAGUGUCAGAUUACCAUGGCAGCCGGAACCACUCUACUUUUGCAUGGAAAAAGAGAAGUUCCGCUACCGUUCGCAAUGUCGCCAGACUAAAGGGAACUGUGGUCUUGACCUGUUCCGAAAUGACACCUUGGUCGUCUCGACGCCAUGGGAUUGCUGCCCUUUCGCAUCUAUGCCUGACCCUUGCAUGACCUCGCACUGUCCCCCAGCCCCAAUGGGACGAACUUGUACGGAAAUCUCGAUCGGCCAACCGGUCUGGGGAGGAGAUUGCUGUCCGUCGUACUGGUGCGAAGAGGGCGGUAUUCAGCCCGACGGAUGCAGGAUGAAGAGAUUGGAUCCCAUGUGUGUCAAUCCGCCACAGGGAAAGACCAACUGUGUUGCGUUUCAUGACCCGCACGGAUGCUGUACGAAAUUUCAGUGUGAUGGAGAGGGAAAACCCGGCCUGUGUCCUGCACAGCAUCACGCUAUGGAAAUUCAGAUGCGUCUCAACACCACGCACGCGCACAUGAUGAACAUGUCCAUGAAGGGCGUCACCACCAGAAAUGCCGCCUCGUCGAGAACAGUUGCACAUCUUAACGUCCUGGAACCCCACGCGGAGUCGGUUCAUCAUCACAUGGAGAGGGGAAUGCCGGUCGCUGCUGUCGCAGGGGUGGGAACUUCCUGCAUAAGUGACGCAAAUUGUCCCGAUGCCUUGAAAUGUUGUUCUCAUGAUAUGUCAUCCUACGGAGAUGGGCGCUUCGUCAUGCGAAACAUGAACCCCACACACGGCCAGUGUCUCAACCCCGUCAUGAUGGCACCCAUCCCAGCCACGUGAUUAACUUGAUCAACUCAUUAAUUAAUAAUUAUAACUAGUUGAUAAUCAUCAAUAAAUACAUUUUGAAAAAA